UCCGGUCCGGUGCAGCCCCCGAGAAGAGAGGCAGACACAGAGAGAGAGAGAGACAGAGAGAGAGAGAGAGAGAGAGAGUGUUUCCUUCUUGAGAAAUAAUCUGAAUCACUUCAGCCUGCCUGCGCUGGAACCUGAUAAUAACUACAGGACUGCUCCGGAUGGAUUUAUCGUCUCUCCCACCUCGCACAGCGGAAUUUCUUUCACAAGACGGGCGAUUUUUAAACCCGGUGCUGAUCAAUAGAGAGCAGAGAAGAAGAAAAAGAGGGUCAGAUGUUUUCCCCUUCUUUCCUCCUCGACGUGCUUGAAGCGGAGGCGCACCUGCGAGAGUGUCUGCUCCCUUUAUCUUUACUGAGAGCCCCAGUUGGGCUGCUGCUGCUGCUGCUGCUGCUGCUGCUUGGCUGAGGCUACAUACACUUUACAGACUGGACCAGUGGACUGAGAAAAAGACAGAAAAAGAGAGAGACAGAGGCGGGGUGGGCGCGAGAGAGGGAGAGAGAGUGUGUGUCUGUGUGUGAAUGUGUGCGUGUGUGUGUGUGAAGCAGGGACUGGAUGGAUUCCUCUCUUCCUCUGGCACUCCACAGGCGCUCAUUCAUUUAUUUAAGCCCGACCGACGACAGCAUGCCAAGCGCAGACUCCAGCGGCAGAGCUCGAAACAGACUUCCUAAGAGAGGACAGGAGUGAGACGUCCUCCCACGCACCGUGCGUUCUCACCUGCAGAACAUCCCUAUACUUUGGCGUCCUGUCGACGACCAGGACCCGACUCUGAGGAAAGCCGCUUUCAUGGGCCCCAAACCUCGUGAGGGCCCCGGGAUGGCGUGCAGCGCGUGUUACUACCUGGUUAUCAGCUCCACACACCUGAGCAAUGGACACUUUCGGCGCGUCAAGGGGGUCUUCAGAGGACCGCUGUGCCCAACUGCAACCAGUGAUUCACCGGUAGGAGAACAUGAGCGUGCAGAGAGAGCUUUGGGCUGCUCAGUGGAGGAUCUGAAGGCUCUUUUCUACUGUGAGCUGUGUGACAAGCAGUACCUCAGACACCAGGAGUUUGACAAUCACAUCAACUCCUACGACCACGCACACAAACAGAGGCUGAAGGACCUCAAGCACAGGGAGUUUGCUCGGAACGUGGCCUCAAAAUCAUGGAAGGACCAGCGCAAACAGGAGAAGGCUCUCAGACGCCUGCACCAGCUUGCACAGCUGCAACAGGAAACCCAACGAGUCCCAGGAAGGAGUCAUGGGCUAAGAAGUACAGUCAGGGCUGUGAGCCAGCAGCAAGAGAGAGACAUGAACCAAAGAGACCACAGCCCUGACUACAAACCUGAGCCCUUCAACCACACCCAGCAACCCCGUCCUCCACAAACCAGGACAGCUACUCUCAGCCACCAGCCAAAAGAUUCAUGCCAAUCUCCGUGCCAAAUACCGUUGGCCACUGCUCUAGCAGAGUCCCCACUAAUCACACAUCCGGCAUCCAAUACAGACCCUCCUGCAGUGAACUCCCAGUCUUGUCUGGGCAUGUAUCCCCAGCUGCCUCUCCCUGGACGGGGGAGAGUGGGAGGCAGGCUCGGGGUGUCCUUCUGCUUCUCACGCAGGGGGCCAAGGCUGGAGCCUUCUGCCUCCGUCUUCUCGGACCUCGAGGAGGAGGAGAGAGAGAAGAGGGAGCAAAUGAAAGAAAGGAUAAGGGGAAUAAUGGAAGAUAUUGACAGGGAGAUUGGGGCAUCAGAGGAGAGGAAACACGGUCCGAGUGAAAAGCGUAAGUCUAGCUCUGACAGUGUUGGACCGAGCGACAUGGGUCAAAUCUCUGGAGAGACAGUGAGAGAAGAGGGGGUGAUUGAAAAAACAGACAUCCUGAAAGAACACUCUCUUAUUUCCACAGCAGCACCUGAUAAUAAGAGCCAUGAUUCACUAUUCUUACCAUCGCAGACCCAGGUGACCAUAUGGGGUGCAGCACUAGCAGGCGAACACAUAGACACCGAAAACACAGAUAGUGAGACAGAGAGAAAGCCAGAAACAGAGGCAGGGAGGGAGGAGAGUCAGCAUGUGUGUGUGCUAGGGAAAGAUGGCUCUACCCGUCUGAGAUGGCCUGUCAGUUUGCUUAAGUUCACCAAGUCUCAACCACACAUUUCCUAUAGCUGCAACCCACUCUGCUUGAACCCGCAACGACCAGAAAAACUCACAGAGGAUCUGCAGGAGUUGCAACAGGAUCAGUUGUGUGCUCUUUCUGAUGAAUCAAACCCAUGUGUGCCAGUUAUUCUUACACCAGACGCUCACUCCUGUUUACAAAGACAUACAAGACAUGAGUUGAGAGCACCCAGAUGGAAAAUAGCUGAGGAGAAUAUCAAGACAGAGCAACAUAUCAAUGUGGAAACAAAAGCACACCUGUUCCUAAAAAAACCCCUUUCAUCAUCGGAAACAGGAUCAGAAAGAGAAGGAAACAAGCUAAGUAUGGAGAAUUGUGUGAGGGCAGCCUCCCAUCCAUUUGACCCUGCCCAUAGUGACAGCUCUGACACAAACUCCCAGGAUCCUCUGGGAGGCAGAUUAGGGGGUGUGAGAGGGAUCAGCGAGAGAGCCAUCACAGCCCUGAGCUGUAAAUUAGAGUCUGUCACCCAGUCUGGCACACAGGGGAUGUGCAUCAGCCCGUCCAGGUGUGAGUGUGGGAGAGAGACAAUGUGCGAGUGCGCCAGCGCUCCACAGCCGUAUGUGGGUGUCUCGGAAGUGUCACGCAAAAAGAGGAAAGCUAGCACAAAGAAACACAAGCUGGGAAAGAGGAAGAGGGGCGAGAAGGAAAAAACUUCAAACAAGCGCCUAUCAGCAAGGUGCAAAGUGAGGAGUGUUGUCUCCACAGUAUCCACUGGCAGAGAGAGGAGAGAAGAAGCUGGAGGGAGCUGGAGGAAGAAUGGGAGACAAAGGGUGAGUGGGGAUAGGGGCAUGAGGAGGACGGUGCGAAGAGCAGGGAGCAGCUGUCUCCUGGGGAGAUGUGAGGCUGAGCCAGUAUCUAUCUCUGUCAGGAAGAGGAGGCCUCACAGGAGCCACAGCACUGAAUCCCAGUCACAGCCAGACAGAGAGCAGGCAGAUCACUGCAGUUCCUACUCCCAGCUCACCAGACACACAGCAGACAGAGACACUAAGGGGGAGGGAAAGCGAGACGAAGACGGGGUGACUUUUCCCUGGCGGUCUCACUUCUCCUUACACUCCUUCUCACCAGGAUGCAACUCAAAGCUGUUUUGGGAAAGGGGUCACCAUAGCAACCCCAGGAGUUUCAUUGACUGCUGUUACCCUGACAACAGCUGUGGUAGCAGCCCGGCGAGAAAGAGAAAACUCCCCCACAGGGACAGGAAAUUCAUUCAUAGUAAGAGUUUGAGGCACGGUGAAGCCUGGGAGGAGAGGGGCAGGAAGGUGGGAGGGAAUUCAGGUAGAAGAGACAGAGGCCUGAUUUCAGAUACAGAGCAGUGGGAGUGGAUGAGAGGAAACUGUCCUGGAGGCAGUGAGGGGGUCAGGUCAAGGGCUGGGUGGAGGUCAGGAAACAGAGUAGUGGAGAGGGACCGGGUGGCGAGGUUUAGCCCCAGUCCUAGCAGCUGGGGCAGGAGUAGCAGACAUCUUAGCACUGAAGAUGUAGACUGGGACAGGUGCAGCGUUGACAGAUGGACAUGGGGCAGCAGCGACAGCUGGGAAGACAGGGGGACACACAGAUCCACGUCAGGCUCCAGGACAGGGGCUGACAGCAGAGACAGCCCGGGCUGUGUGUGGAGAUGCACAGGCACCAGACGCUCAAGCUCAAGACACUUCUCCAGCCCUGAGUGGUGGACAAGCGGGCAGACAUACAGCCCCCAAAGUGUGAUCAAUACACGGGCCAGCAGAUGCCAUAGCCCACGAUCCUGCAGCCCCUGCAGCAGCACCAGCAUGUCAGAGCUGAGCUGGGAGUGGAGCAGGAGCAGUACCUGCUCUGGAGUCAUAGUGGAUGGGCUGAAAGCUAGUUCUUGCGGGAUGUCCUCAGGAGCUCCAGGACUCUCAUCCGAGGCUCCUCAGGGGGCAAAGAAACAGAGCACCUCCACAUCUGCUUCAUCUGGCCUUACCUGUAGUUCCCUCUCUCAUUCCUCACCCCCCAGAGCCUCUUUUGCUCCCACAGUUCCAGGCCUCAACACACACCAUGGUGAAACAAGUCCUUCACAGCUAAAAGAGCCCAAUUCGCAGUCUGACCAUCGACAUGGAUCCUCAACCCCUGUCACCACAAGCAGCUCAGGCAGAACUCUUCAGGGACUAUCCCCCAGUAAGUCUCUGCCACAGAAACCAACGAGGAUGUUGCUUCUCCCUCUCAUUGGGAAACUACCUGCAAUCCAGAGAAAGGCCAAGAGGAAAAAGUGGCUGCUGGAGAAGAGUCAGGACAAGGGGGGAGAGGAGGAAGAUGAAGCUAAGGGCAGUGGAGUGGAUCCUGGAGCAGUCGUCGACAGUCAGAAACAUCCUCUGGACGUGGCUGAGUCAAACGCCAGCAGCAUGCCAAAUCUCUGCCCGUCACAGAUUAGGACUGAUGACAAACAGACAGGUGGAGAGACAGCACCGCCAAUCAGCUUUACUGCUGAGGAGAUGGACAAAUAUCGUCUCCUGCAGGAGCAGGCAAGAGAGCACAUGCAGAAAGUCCUGGAACGGUCGCAGGAGAGUGCAGAUACACACACAGAGACAAACUACACACACACCACACAGGCAGAGAACUGUGGAACUUCAGAGGAACAAUACACACCUGUACCUGCACCCUUGCACAACCCUUCACAGCCUCAAACCCAGUCAAUUCACACAGAUGCGAUGCAAACACAAGGACAGCACGCCCUCCGGGUCAGUCUCCCUCUUCCACAUGUGACCCCACAAAAGAACUUUACUCAGCCCAUGGCUCUGGCAGUCCCCAACCUCCCCCCUCUUCCACCAUCCCCCCCUCUCUCCAGCCUUCAUCAUAUUAUUUUACAACACACAGCCCUCUCCAUGCCACCCUCCUCCUCCUCCUCUUCCACCUCGCCCCCCUCUCCUACCAUCCACCCACACCCAGCUCAGCUCCCUCACCCCCUACAACCUCUCCACCCCUCCCUCCCUCAUCACCUUCACCUCUCCCCCUUCUCCAUCUCCUCUCUGUUCCCCUCCAUCCUGCUGUCCCAUCAUCCCAUGCCUCUCCUGCCUCAGUCCGCUGCUUUCCAUGCGACCCCACUCGCCCCGCUCUCCUCAGUAGCACUGCAACCCUUGAACCCGCAGCCUUUCAUGGAGAGAGUGUGGCCAGUGAGGUUUCAACAGAAGGCGUUAUGAUUGUCACAGAGUGGCUGCCAUGUUUAUUCAUCUUCCUUGGCAACACAGACUGGUGAGAGAGAGAGAAGGAAUUUUUAGUUUGGACAAAAGCCUUCUAUUUGAAAUGGGGAUGUGUCAGUGCUUUUACUAGCAUCAUCUCCAACUCUUACCCACAUAUGCACUCACAAACACACACACACACGCAUGCAUACACACAAACAGCCCAACUAUUGACUGUUUUCAAAUGAAAAUGUGUUUCUCCAUUUAGCCUCUGCCGUGUUGCAGCAGACAGUGAGAAAACAGACUUUGAUCCUUUGCUUUUUCCAUCAUUCCUCAUUCAGGCCCAGAAUAAAGGGAAAGGUGCACCUGCUAUUCAAAGACAAGCUGGGCUUGUGUCAUCCUCUCUCUUUCCUUCUGAACCACAGACAGACCUUGCUGCCUUUUGAAGUAUCAUUCAUGCCAGGGAAAGAGGGGCAAGAGAAAGUGAUAAUACUCUCCCCUUAUCUCCAUUUCAUACAGGUUAUCUGCGUUAGAGUGUGACUUUCAAUAAACAUAAAUAACGUUCCAGGAACCGGGGGGCAUAGCACAGCCAUUUUAACCUUGGUGUAUAUUGUAUUUGUGUGUGUGUGUGCAUGUGUGUGUGUGUUUAAGAUAGAUGUAAUUCUGGAAUGACACACAUGCACCAUAGGAAGGACAACAACUAAUUUCCAUAUCUGACACAUGUAAAGACCUGUUUUGUCUCUAUAGUGUAAAUAUUCUGACAGAGAGUGAUAACAUUAGAAUCAUGGGAAACAAUAAAAUAAAAGGUGAAUUCAACCUUUAGCAGUAGUUCAAUGCUUAUUCCACACUCACUGAUACGAACACAUCAACAACUUUUCAUAUUAAUAUGUGACAUGACCUUUUUUUCCACACAGCAAAUUGAUUUAACAAAUCAGUUGUUAAGACAGCAAUGAAUGAAACUGAUCUGUUACAUUAAAACUUGGGUGAAAAUAAAUGGGCUUUAAUGCUUCAUGUUA